AUGAGGUUCACACCCAUCGUCGCCUGGGCCGUCCUGGCCUACGGCUCUGUCGCCGACGAUUCUCAGAAGGCUCCCUUCCUUGAGCAGUUCACCGAUGACUGGGAGGCACGAUGGAAGCCUUCCCACGCAAAGAAGGACCUCACCGGCACAGGCAAGGAGGAGGAGGAGUGGGCGUACGUUGGCGAGUGGGCUGUCGAGGAGCCCACCGUCUACAAGGGAAUUGAGGGAGACAAGGGCUUGGUUGUCAAGAACAAGGCCGCUCACCACGCCAUCUCCGCCAAGUUCCCCGAGAAGAUUGACAACAAGGGCAAGACUCUUGUUGUUCAAUACGAGGUCAAGCUCCAGACCGGUCUCGAGUGCGGUGGUGCUUACAUGAAGCUGCUCCGCGAGAACAAGGCUCUCCACCAGGACGAGUUCGCCAACACCACCCCGUACGUGAUCAUGUUCGGUCCCGACAAGUGCGGCCACACCAACAAGGUCCACUUCAUCUUCAACCACAAGAACCCCAAGACGGGCGAGUACGAGGAGAAGCACCUCAAGUCUCCCCCACCGGCCCGUAUCGUCAAGACCACUGAGCUCUACACGCUGGUUGUCAAGGACGGCAGCCUUCUCGAGGACUUCACCCCCUCCGUCAACCCCCCUGAGGAGAUUGACGACCCCAAUGACAAGAAGCCCGAGGACUGGGUUGACGAGGCCCGUAUCCCCGACCCCGAUGCCACCAAGCCUGAUGACUGGGACGAGGAUGCCCCCUUCGAGAUUGUCGAUGAGGAGGCCGAGCAGCCCGAGGACUGGCUUGUUGAUGAGCCCCUCACCGUCCCUGACCCCGAGGCCCAGAAGCCCGAGGACUGGGAUGACGAGGAGGACGGUGACUGGAUCGCCCCCACUGUCCCCAACCCCAAGUGUGCCGAUGUCUCUGGUUGCGGCCCCUGGACCAAGCCCAACAAGAAGAACCCCGACUACAAGGGCAAGUGGACCGCUCCUUACAUCGACAACCCGGCCUACAAGGGCGUGUGGGCUCCCCGCAAGAUCAAGAACCCCGACUUCUUUGAGGACAAGACCCCUGCCAACUUCGAGCCCAUCGGAGCUAUUGGCUUCGAGAUCUGGACCAUGCAGAAUGACAUCCUCUUUGACAACGUCUACAUUGGCCACUCGAUCGAGGACGCCAAGAAGCUCGCCGAGGAGACCUUCUUCGAGAAGCACCCUCACGAGCAGCUUGCUGAGUUGGCUGACAAGCCCAAGAAGGACGACGCCAAGGCUCCCUCUGACCUGAAGUUCCUGGACGACCCCGUCACCUUCAUCAAGGAGAAGGUCGACCUCUUCGUCACCAUUGCCCAGAAGGACCCCAUCGAGGCCAUCAAGUUCGUUCCUGAGGUCGCCGGUGGCAUUGGUGCCGUCCUGGUCACCGUCAUCGCUGUUGUUGUCGGUAUCGUCAGCUCCCUGGGUGGUGGCAACGCCCCGCCCGCUGUCAAGAAGGCCGCGGCUGAUGCCAAGGACAAGGCUGCCGAGGCCAAGGACAAGGUCGCUGCGGCUGCUUCUUCUGGCGCCGAGGCCGCGAAGGACAACACCACGAAGCGCACCACCCGCAGCCAGCAGUCGUAG